AUGUUGCGAAUUAUUCAAAAACUCAUCAGAAUACGACGGCCACUAUCAAUUGACAAGCUUAUAAUGGUAGUUGCUACCUUGAUGACACUCAUUUAUUACAGACGGCUACGAGAUCUAAACUUACAGGCGCCAGAGUCAACGGAAACGACAUUUAAUGAGCCAGUGACGGAUGGUAGCAGCACAGAGUCUCUGCAAACUGACUUUGAGUUCCUCCAAGUUAAAGCAGUCUUAGAUAAGAUGGUGUUUGCAGUAGGCACAACUCCACAAUUCUACAAAGCGUCGAGUGCUCAAUCUUCAUUGACAAUUGACACAAAUGCGCCCGGCGAGUUGGGUAGACCAGUUCAUUUGCCCACAAAUAUGACGGAGGCUAUGAAGAAGGCCAUGGAUGACGGUUGGCGGUAUAAUAAAUUCAAUCAAUAUGUAUCCGAUAUGAUUUCGGUGCAACGAUCGCUGCCUGAUCUGCGGAAUGAUUGGUGCAAACAACCCGUGCGUUAUUUGCGAGACCUACCACAGACCGAUGUAAUAAUAUGUUUUCACAAUGAGGCCUGGUCGACAUUGUUACGAACGGUGCACUCUGUCUUAAACCGAUCUCCGAAAAAGUUGAUUAAAAAUAUCAUCUUGGUCGACGAUUUCUCAGACAUGGCGCAUACUAAAGAACAGCUCGACAAUUACUUACAGAGGUAUACAAAGGUACGCAUAAUACGCGCGCCAAAACGUCAAGGUUUAAUACGAGCGCGACUGAUGGGCGCACGAUAUGCGACGGCGCCGGUUUUGACGUUUCUCGAUUCGCAUUGCGAGUGCGGCGAGGGCUGGCUGGAACCGCUACUGGAUCGCAUAGCGCGCAAUUACACCACAGUCGUCUAUCCAAAUAUUGCGAACAUCGAUCACAUGACAUUCGAGUAUACGAAUGUAGAUGAUACGCUUAUUGGCGGUUUCGAUUGGACUUUAGCAUUCACCUGGAUUUCAAUACCCAAGCGUGAGCUCGAGCGUAGAAAUCACACCAUGGAGCCUGUGUAUUCGCCCACAAUGCCUGGCGGUCUAUUCUCAAUUAGUCGUGUAUUUUUCGAGCAUCUCGGCACUUAUGACACUGGCUUUCUCAUUUGGGGUGCUGAGAAUUUGGAAUUAUCGUUUAAAACUUGGAUGUGUGAUGGUCGUUUGGAGAUGAUACCCUGCUCUCACGUUGGACACAUCUUUCGACUAACAUCUCCAUAUAAUGUGAGCGCUGUAAAACACAGAAACUCUGUGCGUUUAGCUGAAGUUUGGAUGGAUAACUACGCCAAAUAUUUUUAUCACAAGAUACAUUUUGACAAGGGUGAUUACGGGAAUGUAGAAACGCAAAUUGCACUGCGGAAAAGGCUGAAUUGCGAAAGCUUUAAAUGGUAUAUGCAAAAUAUAUAUCCAGAACUUGAAAUACCCAAAGAUCCGCUUUCUGCUGGAGAGAUAAGAAAUCUAGGCGCUGGCGGUAAUAAAUGCUUAGAUGUGAAUGGCCGAGCAAUGUCAGGACUACCAGUUGGUCUAUGGCCAUGUCAUGGAAAAGAAGGAAAUCAGCACUGGUUUAUGAGCUAUGCUGGUGAGAUACGUCACGGUGAUUAUUGUUUGGAUUAUUCCGGUAAUUUUUUGAUAAUAUAUAACUGUCAUGGCAAAAAAGGAAAUCAGUAUUGGACGUACGACACAUUAAAUCGUUUCUUAAGACAUGUCAUCUCGAAGUUGUGUUUGGCAGUAUCAACGAAUAGAGAAGAUUUACUUAUGGAUAAAUGUGACACGGACAAUAUGCAACAGAAAUGGUUGUUAGAGAAAUUUGAUAAACCGAUGUAA